AUGCCUUUUGGGCUUAAGAAUGAAGGUGCCACCUACCAGCGGUUGGUCAAUCAUAUGUUCAAAAAUCAAAUAGGAAGGAACACGAAGGUCUAUGUGGACGACUUGUUGGUUAAGAAUGGGACUGUGAAACAACAUCUGAAUGAUUUAAGGGAGACUUUCACGGUACUACUACAGUACCAAGUGAAGUUGAACCCAACAAAAUGCGCUUUCGGUGUCAGAUCAAAAAAGUUCAUAGGAUUCAUGGUGUCUGAAUGCGGAAUCGAAGCCAACCUCGAGAAGGUGGGAGCCAUCCUCAACAUGGCCCCACCGACAAAUGCCUGUCUUUCUUCAAGGUCCUACAGAAAGCACAUGCAUGGGAUGGUAAUACAACGUUUGGACACCUCAGGCCGACUCAUGAAUUGGGCAGUGGAGUUGGGCGAAUUCGACAUUGACUAUGCACUGAGGAGCACUAUCAAAGGACAAGUGCUAGUGGACUUCGUUGUUGAGUUUACUAGUUUUCCGAAAAAGAGUGAUGAUGCACCUUCUGUGAAACUCUGGCAAGUAUUCAUUGAUGGCUCAUCUUGCCAGGCUGGAGAGCGAGUGAGAGUGCACAUCGUUACGUCGGAAGGAGAGGAGUACAAUUACACCAUUAAAUUGGCAUUCAAAACGAUGAACAACGAGGCAAAAUAUGAAGCAAUGUUUUCAGGGCUAAUGUGGCCAGGUCUCUAG